UAAAAUAAAAUUGCUUUAUACAGAAUGAAUGCACUUAAUAAUGCAGUGGGUUUAACUAAUGUGUAUGUGUAAUGCUUAACUGUUUUUGUUCAUUUCGGGUGCGGAAACUUCACUGGAUAGGCAGUGGGUUACAAGCCUAUUUUAUUUAUUGGCAAACAGGAUAAAAAGAAUUCAAAUAGGUGGGUUGCAGACAUAAUCACCCAUCUGCUCCCCACUCCUGUCACAAGGAAUUUUUUAAAUAAGAUGAGGACAGCGUAUGAAUUUAACUUGACUAAGGCAGCCUCCACAGCACAGUAGCUGGACAAUGACGUCUCCAUAGCAAAGCAGCAUCAGGAGCAGUGCCACAGUUCCAUUUUGGAGUCGGAGGGCCUCACAGUGGAGCAGACGGAGAGCAUCACGGUGGAGCAGUCGGAGAGCAUCACGGUGGAGCAGUCGGAGAGCCUCAAUGUGGAGCAGUCGGAGAGCCUCAACAAAAAUAGAAGAUCAGUGACGUACAUGUCGAUUGUUUCUGCAGACCUUUGUUAUCUCGUGAAAAACACGUGUCUGAUGUACGGUAGGUUUUUCUGAGGCUCACAGUAAUUUUUAAACUUGUCUUUUAGUCCUUGUAUUUUAUUUCUCUCCUCUUUUGAGAACUCAAAUGUAUUCCAUACUUUUAUGGCCUUUUCCCCCGCCACGUGGGCCACGUACAGAAAUGUAGCACACUGCACCGUCUCAGACUUCUCUGCUAGCUAGCGACAAAAGUUCCAACCUCUGUAUCCAGUUCUUACAAUUUUCUGAGACUUAAUUGCAGAAUCAAUGGUGGUGGUGGCUGUAACUGUGCCAUCCUCUUUUUCUGCGUUUAUAUCAGUUUUAUUCUGACACCAUGUUCUGUUCUUUAGACAGACAAACGAACAAGAGCUGCUGCUCCUUCACAUUACUUUAUUUUACUGACUUCAGUAACAAAACAUGACUCUGGAUAUCGUUGUGUCAGAUAAACACUAGAUGUCCUCAUAACCCCAUAUAUGUAGAACAUAUUCAAUAUGUUACACACAAUAACAACAUAAACAUUCAUACACAAUAACAUCAUAAACAUUCAUACACAAUAACAUCAUAAACAUUCAUACACAAUAACACCAUAAACAUUCUUACACAAUAACACCAUAAACAUUUUUAACAACAUAACAACAUAAACUCAUUUUUGGAUAAAAUAAUCAACUGUCAUAUCCUGUUUCACUUAACAUAACAUAACAUGACAUGAUAUAUAUCAUGACAUGACUUAACAUGACUUGACAUACACUGUAUUUACUGUAAAUUUACAAAUAAUUCCUAACAGUAUUGUGGUGUAUUUUCAUAAAACAUUGUCAUACUGUGUACUUUAUUAAAUGACUGUAAAUGUACAGUAUUUCUUAUAUUUUAGCCACUUGAUCUGUAAUACAUUAUUAUACUGUUGACGUGUUGCAUCGUGGGAGUGAUUUGGCGUUCAGUUUAAAGUUUGUGUGUGUACGGUUCAGAGCUGUGAUGAUGUGAACAGACAUGAACAACACUUGAGUUGUUGAGGUAAGAUUUUUACAAAUAUCUUUCUUGUGUAUUUAAAGUGUAUAGUUUAAAAAGGAACACAUUCAUUUAAAAUAAACUUUAAAAUUUAAAUGACAGAAAGAAUACACAAAAGACUAAAGUUACAUCAGAAGGCAGUCAGUACAGACAUUACUGUGAAGCAGCUCUAUGGCACUAAAAGCUUAACAAGAAGGGAUUAAAGAAAGAAAGAGAAAGAUCAGUCUUUAUAUCAGUCUUUGUAUCAGUCUUUAUAUCAGUCUUUAUUUCAGUCUUUGUAUCAGUCUUUGAAGGCACUGUGAAUCACAACUAAUGGAGUGAAACCUAAGAGAAAAAGGAGAAAACACAGAGUAUAAGUUUUGCUCUUAUGCUUUAGUGCUUUAAAAUAAAGUGCAUUAAUCAUAAAAAUCUCACAUACAAAAACUGUUGAAACUACACGAACAUUACUAUUUUAUAGAAACUCCUUCAUCAAUCGAUUAUUGACCUUUUCAAUAGAAUGAACAAAAAAAUACUGAGUUAUUUUCUGGAGUAAAGGAAACAAAAUAAUUGAUUGAUCUUUCCUGUUCAAUCACAAAAACGACAAGGUUUCAAAACUUUCAAGAGCCGAUUUGAUAAACGGAUUCAAAGAAUCGAUUCAUUCCCAAACGACACACCAACACUAUUUACCCCAGCGAAAUCUCUAAGUCAGGGCUAUUCAAUUAGUUUGUCAUGUGGGUCAGUUCAUGAAAAGUGUCCCAAACGAGGCCCGUGUUGUAUUUUGAAACUGCAUUAGAACAUGAACUGAAAUUUAAGUGCAAAUAAAAUUGUUUCAUGGUGUUUUUUCUCUCACAGGAGCGCGUGCUCGCGUCACUCGAACAAAGUCACGUGACUCCUGCUCUGUACUGCGACUGCGCAGAAGACUGAACUGAGAGAAAAUACAGUUUAUUACAGUUUUUUCCAAUUGCUAACACACUAAAAUGACAAGCACAGCACAAUUAUUUAAACUGACACACAGAGAGCAAAACUUCUUCUCAAGUCUCCAAAGGUCUAAACACAUUUUCUGCCUUACACACAUUGUGCAUUUCGAAAUGGCACUUUUUAAAUUCCCUGAACACAGUUCUCUGCAUAAGACGCAACAAUCUGACAUAAAGUCACAUGUUUGCUAUUUCAAAACACUGCCAUUCAAAAUGACACUAAAUGAGCUAAUUGGCCAACUACAUGAGCCACCUGGCCAAACACCUCAAUGGUUAAUUGUUAACACUUCAGUCAGGAUGUAAGCACUAUGAAAAGACCACAGGUGACAGCCUUUUUUUUUUACUACAACAACAAUGGAAGACAUUGCAGAAAGAGGAAGAGGAAGAGGAGGUUGAGAAUAAGAGGGGGAGGAAGAGUGAGAGGUAGAGCAGGUAGAGGAGUUCAUGGUCAAAGAAGACAAACACUUUCAAAUGAAAUCAGAGCAACCUUAGUAGAUCAUGUCAUCAACCAUGGGCUGACAAUGCGUGAGGCUGGACAGAGAGUGCAGCCAAACUUGAGCCGUUUUACUGUCGCAUCUGUCAUCCGGACCUUUAGACUGGAGAACAGGACUGAGAGACGACACUAUGGUGGAGGAAGGGGCCAAAUGUUCACCGGGGUACAGGAAGCUGCCAUUGUAAACUUGGUUUUGGAAAAUAAUGAAAUCAGAUUACAAGAAAUUCAAAGCCACAUCAUUCAAGACAACACCUUAUUCAGCAACAUUCAACGAGUCAGUCUGUCCACAUUGGCUCGCAUUCUCAAGCGAAACCAAAUCAGAAUGAAACAACUUUAUAAGAUGCCAUUUGAGAGAAACUCUCAAAGAAACAAAGAGUUCAGACAAGCAUAUGUGGAUGUAGUACUGGAAAUGGAUGCUCAUGCAAUCCCACAUGAGUUCAUCUUUAUAGAUAAGACUGGGUUCUACCUAGCAAAGUCCAGAAGAAGGGGGAGAAACGUCAUUGGCCACAGAGCCAUUAUAGAUGUUCCUGGCCAACGUGGUGGAAACAUCACAAUGUGCGCUGCCAUCUCUAGUAUGCAUGGUGUCCUCCACCGUCAUGCCAACCUUGGACCAUACAACACAGCCCAUAUUCCCACAUUUCUGGACAGACUUCACAACAUUCUCAUACCACCAGAGUGUAUGAAUGAUGCAGACCAUCAAAGAAACCGGUACGUUGUAGUAUGGGACAACGUGAGCUUUCAUCGUGCAUCCCCAGUCCAACACUGGUUUGCUGACCACCCAACAUUUCUCGCGCAAUACCUCCCACCACAUUCACCAUUUCUGAACCCCAUAGAAGAGUUCUUUUCGGCAUGGCGGUGGAAGGUAUACGACUGGCAGCCGUUUGUGUGCAUGCCUCUUGUGCAGGCAAUGGAAGAGGCAUGUGAUGAGAUUGAUGUGGGUGCAAUUCAGGGAUGGAUAAGGCACUCAAGGCACUUCUUCCCUCGAUGUCUGGCAAGGGAAGAUAUUGCUUGUGAUGUUGACGUUGUUGCCAGACCCGGCUGUGCGGCAGGCAAGAUGCUGCCUAAUUAUUUUUCUUGCCUCUUUUUUUACUGUAAUAUAUUUUUGAUGAGCUCGGUCACUCGGGAGGAGCUCAGAGUAGAGCCGCUGCUCCUCCACAUCGAGAGGAGUCAGUUGAGGUAGCUCGGGCAUCUGUUU